ACGCACACACACACACACAGAGAGAGAGAGAGAGAGAGAGAGAGAGAGAGAGCAUGUCAUCAUGAAAGCAGCAGUAGGAAUGAAUCGCCCAUAGCGGUGCGCGUGCACAUACGCACACACACCUGACGCGCGCUCAGCCUCUUCAAACGCAAACUUCUGUACGGAACAAAGAGACAUUUCACCGGAGUUUAAAAUGAGGUUGUGAUUACAGUCUGAUAAAUAUCUGAUGAUGAUGAUGAUGAUGGAUCUGAUGUUCUUCUGUCUGAUGUGUGUUUGUGCGGCAGAAGUGUCACGCGCUCUCAGAUCCAGUUCAUUUCUUCUGUCUGAUGGAUUGUGUCAGUAUGGUCAGACACACAACUGUUGCUGGGGAUGGACAAGAAACUCAUGGGGAAAAUGCACACCUGUUUGUGAGUCGGGCUGUAAACACGGCGAGUGUGUUGGACCGGAUCAAUGCCGCUGUCAUGCAGGAUACACCGGCAAAACCUGCAACCAAGGGAUGAACUUGUCUGUAAAAUCAGAUACACGUCUAAACACAUUCCAGUCAUACUUACAGACACAAGCAGGACGUAUGUGAAUGAGUGUGCGUUCAGACCCUGUAAAUACAGAUGUAUGAAUACACUGGGCAGUUAUAAAUGUUACUGUCUCAACGGAUACAUGAUGAUGACUGACGGCACAUGCAGGAAUGCCCACACUUGUGCGAUGGCGAACUGUCAGUACGGUUGUGCGAUGAUGAAAGGGAAGGUCACAUGUCAGUGUCCGUCACCUGGACUUCGCCUCGCACCUGACCGCAGGACGUGUGUCGAUGUGGAUGAGUGUGUAACAGGUCAAGCGAAGUGUCCGAGAUUUCGUAAGUGUGUCAACACAUUUGGCAGCUACAUCUGCAGAUGUCACAAUGGAUUUGAGCUUCAACACAUCAAUGGAAAAUAUCAUUGCACAGAUAAGAAGAAACUCUCUGUUUGCUAUGACAAGCCGGACCACAAGAAAUGCAAGUGUAAACCAAGUGUUGAUGGGAAGGGUUAUGACUGUAAAUCUGUUGUUAAAGUCAUUGUUGAGCCUGCGAGACCAGUCAAAGUGACUGUCAGUCUGACCACCAUCUCCACGGGAACAGGUGCCAUGAAAACCACCGCCCGAAACACAACCCCAACCAUAACAACCAUCUCCACAACUACAGCUAAUCCCACCACUGUUAUCACCAUGACAACAGCAUCUGCAACAACUACAGCCAUUCCUACCACUGAUGUCACCAUGACAACAACAGCUGCUACAACUACAGUCAUUCCCACCACUGAUGUUGCUAUGACAACUGUUCCGAAAAGCACUGUGAUAACAAGUCUAAUGCCAACUACUGUUGCCAUGACAACAACAGACAUUACAUCCACAGCAAUCUCCCCAACUCUCACGAUAACUGUUACUGCAACCACAAAUCCAACAACACUAUCCUCACCUACAGAGACGUCCCCUGCUACAACCAUCACCAUAGCAACAACAGCCGCACCUGUAGCCACCACGACUUUGACAACAGCAGAAAGCACGAGCACCCUGGACAACCGCAUUCACAGAGAGAACACGGCGAAACCAAGAGGAGACGUUUACAUUCCACGAUAUGAAAACAAUCUGUUUGACUGGGACUUUGAUGUUGAGUUGGGAAACACAGCAGAAUACAGACAUGAUGAUCCAGGGCCUGGUGCUGUGAGCUGCACGUUUGAUGAAGGUUUGUGCCUUUGGAUGUCAGAUUCAGGAGAUCUUCACUGGAAAAUCAAAGAAGAUCCUGCAGGUGGACAGUACCUGACAGUACCAGAGGCUAGGAGCAGAAGAAGCGUCAGAGGGGCGCGGCUCACGGUGCCGCUGGGUCCGCCCACAAAGGCGUGGCAGGUCAGUCAACUGUGUCUGGCAUUCAGACACCGCCUACACGGACAUCACAUCGGCUCUCUGCAAGUGUUUGUCAGGAAGGGGCGGAGUCACAGCCCAUCCAUAUGGACCAGUACCGGAGGACACAGCUGGAAACACACCCGAAUCACACUUUGGGGGCGUGGUCUUGAUGAUAUUGUGAUAAAGGGAGAAAGACGACGAGGCAAACAUGGAGAAAUCGCUGUGGAUGAUGUCAGUCUGCGGAGAGGAGCCUGUAGUACAGAGUGAAGCAAACACACACACAAAUAUACACAACAGUGUUACCUUUAGGACUGUGUGUGGUUUUAUAUUGUUAUCAUAAAGUGUAAGGAAACUCUUAAACACACAUAGAGAGGUGAAUAUGAAUUGAGAUGUGUUAUGAUAACAUUGAUUAGCUGUGUUUAUUCUCUGCUGCUCGCAGUGUUUAUCUACAGAAGUCAUUUGUCCUGAUCUACUGGCCAGUUUUUCAUUUACAGUUUUUUACAGACCCUAGGACACACUUCUCAAUACUUAGGUCACUUUUGCAAAACUCUUCACACAGUUCUCCUAACCAACUUUCAGCUUGGCAAAGCAGUUCAUUUCACAUUCAAAAUGCAUUACAACUACCAAAACA